CGGGGAGGGCACUACGACACUCUAUUUGCUGAGAAGGGUGAUUAGAGGACGAGGCUACGCUAAGAACCUUGAGAAAUGAGGGUCUCGUAAACACGGAAUGGAAGGGUUCUGGUCGUCAGGGGUCAAAGUGUAGAAUGAUUGUGAGACAGAAGUAGUACAAAUUGGGCUGUUCCUGUCUGAUUCUUUCUUGGUGGUAUCACACAUCUCUCUGCAUCCUAUCUAUCUUUUCUUUCCUCCUAUACAGUCUUUACUCCUACUCCUAAUAACUUCUUCUCUUCUUUCUCUUACUGUCUCUACAUCUCUACCAUAUACAUAUACACAAAUAAUUCAAAAGAAAAGAAACAGAAAGCAACCAUCAAAAUGCAUUUCACCACCAGCACCCUCCUCACCCUCCUCCCACUCCUCUCCCUCACUACCGCCUCCGAUGUAUCAACCGUCUCCCUCUUCACCUACCACGCAACGACCACCGCCGCGGCCGGUAUUCCUCAAUUCACCAGCAUCCCUCUCGGCGCGUCCAUCAUCUCCGCCAACCCGACAGCCACUACCAUGGCCGUCUCAUGCCUCAACGACGAUAACUGCAUCCUGCCCAGCCCCAUCACCGUCACCGCAGGACCCUCCACAUACACCCUCUCGGCCGUGUACAGCACCAGCGUGGAGGGCGUGCAGGAGGUGCUCACCAUGGUCGAGGACUGCAAGAUCACGGGCGUGACGCAGGGCGCGUCCUGCAGUGUGAGCUAUGGGAUCGAGGCGACGUAUAAGGGGGUUAGUACGAGUACGGAGGUCAAUACGGAGAUUAGUGUCGCCAGUGCGGAGAUCGGGUAUGAGACUCUUAGUGUUACGGCGGGUGCUGAUAAGUUGAGUGGUGCUACUGGAACUUCUACUGCGACUGCUAGUGGAAGUGGAAGUACGGAGACGGGCAUGGCUGGACGGAAUGUUGUCGGGGCUGGGGCCUUGGCUGUUGGUGUGGCUGUCGCUGGAUUGGGGAUGUUGUAGAUUAUAUGAUGCGUAAUUAUGAUUGAUUGAUUGAUUGAUUGGUUGCAAGGGGAGAUGUGAGGGGGGAUCUUGUUGGAGGAUAUAAUGUUUAUCUGGUUAUUACGUUCAUCUAUGCUUAUAUGGUUGCUCAUCACGCUCAGUUGCAACUACAUGGCUAGCUACCAUAGCCACUUCCAAUAUGUACAACGCCUCUAUGUCAGCCUGGGAAUCAUACACAGUAGCAAUAUGUACCAAUACAAGACCAGAUGCAUCUGGUCAGUGCCAAAAACUAACAGUAAAAAUAAUCAGAAAUCAUCCUUUUUGAUAUCCGGCCCGGGUAUGAACAUGAAACAAUUAUGAUCAUAAAUCAAAUGCACGGUAAGAACUAUACCCUCAUUAGCAUCAUCAUCC